AUGGCAGAAGGUGACGAUGAAGUGGCAAAAGACGAAGCUUUAGAUGAACUUGCUGGUUACUUUCUUGGAGAAAAGUCAAAGGUUGUGGUGACUACGAGUAAAUGCUGCUCAAAGGUGUGUUAUGAAUUUUGUGCUGAACUCGUCUCCAUGUUCCCAGAUGCUCAAUUCGCCAAACGAGGAGCCAAUCAUGAAUUACGACAUAUUAUCAAAGUAGCUAUUGAUCGUGGAUUUACUGAUAUGCUGAUAGUGAAUGAAGAUAAGAAGACACCAAAUGCUAUUACUUUGAUCCAUCUUCCUGAUGGUCCCACUGCUUAUUUCAAAUUGACUAGUUUUGUUCCAUCAAAAAAGAUAGGUAGUCAUGGCGUUGUGACAGCUCACCAUCCAGAAAUCAUUCUCAACAACUUCAAUACCAGAUUGGGUCAUACUAUUGGUCGUAUGUUCCAAGCCCUUUUCCCUCAAGUACCAGAAUUUCAAGGAAGACAAGUUGUUACAUUCCACAAUCAACGUGAUUUUAUCUUUGUACGCCGUCAUCGAUAUGUAUUUAAGGAUACUGAAAAGGUUGGAUUACAGGAAUUGGGACCAAAAUUUACUUUGAAGCUCAAAUGGUUACAAAAAGGAACUUACAAACGUGAUGGUGAAUACGAAUGGUUCUUCAAGCCUGAAUUGGAAACAAGUCGAAAACGAUUCUUUUUGUAA